AUGAGCGGCUCCAGCGAGAACAGAUGGCGGGGUGGACCCAGUCGUCAGGCGUCACAGCGCAACUCGAACAAUCGUGAUAAAACAGGAGGACAAGCAAGCGCACGUGAUAACAAUGCUGCUUGGAGCGCAUCCAACCCUCCACAGGAACAACACGUCCCCGUACGAGGCUUCAACACCGCAGAGGUUAAGAAUAUUCUGAAGAAGGGAUCUGCAGAGGGCAAAUCAACACUUUACAAACCUAUUUCUAAGGAUGGUCCUAAGGACGGUUCUAAGGACGGUUCUAACCAGCGAUCCGCUGCCUGGGGCCCCAAGGCGCAAAACAUGGCAAACGGGAGGGACUUCUUCUUGGAGCUUCGAAAACAGAUUGCUGCGCUGCAGCGAACCGGCCCCCCUGUCGGCGGCUAA